AUGCCCGGAAUCCUUCCUAUGAAAGUGAUAAAGGUCGGCAACAGCACACAGAGCCGUAUCGCCCAAGCCUGUGACCGGUGUCGAAGCAAAAAGAUCCGGUGCGACGGAGUUCGCCCAUGCUGCACACAGUGCGCCAAUGUCGGGUUUGAAUGCAAGACCAGCGAUAAGCUUAGUCGGCGAGCCUUCCCCCGUGGAUAUACAGAGUCAUUGGAAGAACGUGUACGGAGUUUAGAGGCUGAAGUUAGGGACUUGAAGAAUCUGUUGGAUGAAAAGGACGAGAAAAUUGAUGUGCUCUCGCGGAUACAUUCGUUUACAUCACCAUCACAGCAAAAGAUACCACCGUCCGCUCGUUCGCCGCCUCAGCCCGCCAAACCGACUGUUUCUGCAUCUAGUGAGAGCGUCAUUCAUGUUCCGCAGCCGCAAAUGCCGGGCGAUGCAAAAGGAUUCGAUGGAUUUGGGGUUUCGAGCACACGUGGCUUUGCUGAUGUGUUUACGACCAAGCUCACCGAUCAAGGCCGGCUGGCUCCGGCAACCUCGACCAAGGCCUUGACUGCUUCACCUACCCCUAUCUCGCCCUCACGCCUGGACGAAGCACUCAAAACAGCACCUCGGCUCGUGUCUGAUCAGCUUAUCAACAUCUUCUUCCAAGAAUGGGCGCCACUUUACCCUGUCGUCCACCGACCGACCAUCCUCAAGGCUUACGAGCAAUACCUUUCCGACUCAGAAUCGUUCCAAGGAAACAGACACGAUGUCGCCCAGCUGAAUUUGAUAUUCGCUGUUGCAGCGCUUUCUGCUACUUCGAGGACAAAUCAGGACCCAUCCUUAUUUGAGGACAAUUGGUCUCCAAUUCUGGAGUCAAUGUUGGGCGACAUCUCCAUCCACACACUGCAAUGCUACGUCCUGGCCCAAAUGUACUGUCUAACAAAGGGCGACUACUCGAGUCUUUUGCGAUAUCGUAGUCUUGCUACCGGCCUUUGCCACCAGUUGAGACUCCACCAGAGCCAAAAGGCGUUCUCUUCGAACCCUCUCUUGGCUGAAACUAGGAAGAAGGUCUUUUGGUGUCAAUACGUUGUGGAUCGGUUCUGCGCCGGUCUUACUGGUCUACCUGUUCUUCUUCGUGAGCAGGAUAUCCGUACCGAGUACCCCGAGGACAUUGAUGACGAGAACGUGACAGCAACUGGGUUCCUUCCCACUCUACCCGGCGAGUCGACUCGCAUCUCGAGUGCACUUGCUCUGUUCAAUGCGGCGAGAAUCUUGAAUAACACUCUAGAAAAUAUCUAUCCCUCGGAUGGGGGAUACGAAAUUCCGCUCUCCAAGAUGCGUUCAGUUGCCGAAAAGCUAGAGGGAUGGGUCAAGGGUCUGCCUACCCACCUUCGUCUCGAGUUCUCUCAAGAUAAGCCCAGCACAAACGUCAUUAGCAGUCGAUCGCCACUUUUGUCUUUGGUGUAUUAUUUCAUUCGUUCUCUCCUUCAUCGCCCUGCCAUCUGCUUCGGCGACGAACAAACUCGCACCUCGUCCGCCCUUGCCAUCGCCGACUCUAGCAAACACAUUGUUCAAAUCCUCCAGUUACUCGAUGAAAGACGCCUGUGUCUUUCCGUUGCCAUCAACAGGAGAGAGUUGGUGUCCGCUUCAGGGCUUGGGCUUCUCUGGCUAAGCAUCGGCUUGAAGCGUGAUAGCAAGCUUGUCAAGGAAAGCCAAAGGAUGCUUGCUGCGGUCAUUGAGCAGCUAGAGUCGGAAUCGUCUGCAGCUGCUGCGGAAUUCAGCGCUUUGGCCAGUGUUCUAGUCUCUCUCGAUAACAACAACAAGCGCACAUCGGUUGUACAACUCCAGGAGAUGAGCCCACCUUUGCAGAAGCCCAUGAAAUCUCCAAAGAAGCAGAUUGAAGCUUGGAAGGCGCGGUUGAUGGGAAGCACGAGCCCGAACCAGGCACGCAAGGAAGAAUCUAUUUCGCGCAGAAACACCAUCUCAGGCACGAGUCCUGGUCUGAUUGAGCGUCAGAUGCGAUCCCCUAGCUGGGCGAGCCUCCCACCUGACAACUAUCAACCACACCCUUCAAUGAGCAAGAACGUCUACCAUCGUAACUCUGUCAAGUAUGAUAACAGUCAGCCGAUUUCCUGCUCUGUCCCGACGGAUCCGCCCUCUGGAAGCAUGUCACUCGCAGACUGGGAGUUUGUCGUCAGCGACAUGGAUCAGGGAUACUCGAACAUCUUCACGGGGAUUUAUGGUGGCAAGGAGUGCGGCGAAGACCCUGGACCUUUUGCGUCACUAACUGCCGAGUACAUGCAAAAGCAAGACCCAUCAAUUGGGCCUUUGUCAACGCAUAGUGAUUUCCAAGGCCUCUCACCAGAGGCAUGGUCCGCUACAAGCAGCAGUGAUUUCGCUGUCAACCAGGAACUGACGGCACGGAGCGUUUAUUCCGAUGAGAGCUUGGGUAGUAGAGACGAUUCGUUAUCACUCCAACACAUGCCUUUCCCGCUCGACGAACGUGCAGGCAGCCUCUUGGAUCCCUUGCAGGGCGUGGUGAUUCCUGCUGGGGACGAUGACAUUGAUGAAUUCGGCCUUGUGGCCAACGGCUGGAAUCAACGGUUGGCCGUCUAA